AUGAGAAUUUCCUCCAUCACCAUUUUGACCAAUUUACUUGGUGCUGGCAUUGCAGCCCAUUACUCCUACAAACCAUCGACAACGCUGCUACAAAUCGCCACAAGAUCUCGGAUCCAUCGUAUCUAUAGGCCUACCGGGACUCCGUGUGCUGGAAAUACCCCCAACGACAGAUCUGUCUGGUGUAAUUACAACAUUGACACAGACUACGAAAAUGUCGUCCCGGACACGGGUAUUACGCGCGAAUAUUGGUUUGAGGUUAAAGAGACCAUGGUCUCACCCGAUGGCUUCAAGACUCUACGUCUAGCUAUGACAAUCAAUGGCACCUUGCCUGGCCCACAUCUUAUUGCAGACUGGGGCGACUGGGUGAUCAUCCACGUCACCAACCAUUUACACCAGUCAAUGAAUGGCUCGAGCAUCCACUGGCACGGUAUUCGUCAGAACUACACCAACCCAAAUGAUGGCGUUCCCUCGCUCACCCAGUGUCCCAUUGCCCCCGGCUCGACUAUGACCUAUAAAUGGCGAGCUGUCCAGUAUGGAUCCUCAUGGUAUCACUCUCAUGUUGGUCUACAAGCCUGGGAGGGUGUAUAUGGGGCUAUUAUCAUCAAUGGGCCGGCAACUGCAAAUUAUGAUGUGGACAAGGGCGCAUUGUUCUUGAGUGAUUGGACGCAUGAAACUGUGGAUCAACUACACCAAGAUGUCCAACUACGUGGUCCUGUUAGGAAGUUGUCUAAUGGACUCAUCAAUGGCAAGAAUAUCUAUGGAAACGGCACGAAUACUACGGGGUCUCCUUUCCAUAUGAAAGUGGAAAAAGGCAAAUCCUACCGGUUGCGACUAGUGAACCCUUCUAUUGACACCCAUUGGAAGUUCACUAUUGACAAUCACACAAUGACUGUCAUUGCAAUGGAUCUCGUUCCUAUAAAGCCAUUUGUCACGAAUGUCAUCAGCCUUGGAAUGGGUUGGUCUCUUGGUCUUAUCUCCAUCGCUCCAAACAACCCAGCUAAUGGUCUAUAUCUAGGUCAACGCUAUGAUAUUAUCGUCACAGCCAACCAGGAAUCCGUAGCCGAGUCCUUCUGGAUGAGAGCUAUACCAGCCGAUAGAUGCUCGCAAAACGAAAUGACCGGCAACAUCCGAGGCAUCGUCUACUACGGCAACAAGCCCAAACAACCGCAAACGCAAUCAUUCCCCUUCACAAACGUAUGCGAAGACGAGCUUUUGACGAAUCUAGUUCCACGCGUUGCGAAAAAUGUCGAUCCGCCAAUUUCACCAGUUUGGGAUAAGAACGUAACAGUCAGCAAUAUUAGGAACGCACAGAAUUUCUUCCGCUGGCGAUUCAACUCCACCUCGAUGAACGUGAGCUGGGAGAACCCAACCCUGAUGCAGAUCUAUCACAAUGAGAUGGGCUUUUCGAACUCAAGCGGCGUGAUUGAGUUAGCAUUCAAGAAUAAAUGGAUAUAUCUCUUCAUUCAAAAUACUCCCGUCACUCAUCCUAUCCACCUUCACGGUCACGACUUUUCUAUUCUGGCGCAGGGACAGCCUGGGCCUGGGAAGCCACAAUGGGAUGGUUCUAUCAUUACGCAGAAUCCACCGCGUCGAGAUACGGCCGUGUUGGCUGGGAAUGGAUGGCUGUUUAUUGCUUUUCAGACUAAUAACCCUGGGGCGUGGUUGAUGCACUGUCAUAUUGGAUGGCAUGUUGACGAGGGUCUAGCGUUACAGUUUAUUGAGCGGCAGGACGAGAUUCAGGGUCUUGUUGAUUAUACUCCAUUUAAUGAGAAUUGUGCUGCUUGGAGUAGAUAUGUCAAGACGAAGAAUAUUGUGCAAGCAGACUCGGGGGUUUGA